AUGGCUGCCCCCGGCCGGCGCGGGGCUGCGCUCUUCCCAGCGGUGUUAGGGCUUUGGCAGCUGGGCCCUGUCGCCCCGAGGGAGUGGGCGGCCCGGUUCCCGUCCCUCCUGGGCUGUCAGCGGAGGUGCGUGUCCUGUGCUGCAGGCGCCACUUCCUCUGGCCCCCUCCUGGCCUCAGCUUCUAGGCGUUAUGGCCCGAACUCGGCCCUGGAUCGCAUCCUCGGACUCUCUCAGCCUCAGCCCGACAGUUCGUUAACCUUGACUCCUCGCGUCCCCGCCGUGUCCAUGAACAGAGAUGAGCAGAAUCACCUCUUGGCUCAUCCCCCCAACAUGCCUGCGAAUCCCCGCGUCCUACGAGUGGCCAUUCUGGGUGCCCCGAAUGCAGGAAAGUCAACGCUCUCCAACCAGCUGUUGGGCCGAAAAGUGUUUCCUGUCUCCAAGAAGGUGCACACCACCCGCUGCCAGGCUCUGGGGGUCAUCACGGAGGAAGAAGCUCAGGUGAUUCUACUUGACACACCUGGCCUGAUCAGCCCUGUUGAAAAAAAAAGGCACAGUCUGGAGCUCUCUUUGUUGGAAGAUCCGUGGAAGAGCGUGGAAUCUGCUGAUCUGGUCAUAGUCCUUGUGGAUGUCUCUGACAAGUGGACUCGGAACCAGCUCAGCCCCAAAGUGCUCCAGUGCUUGACCCAGUUCUCCCAAGUCCCCAGCAUCCUUGUCAUGAACAAGGUAGAUUGCCUAAAGAAGAAAUCAGUUCUCCUGGAGCUCACGGCUGCCCUCACUGAAGGGGUGGUCAAUGGCAAGAAGCUCAAGAUAAGGCAGGCCUUCGGGUCACAGCCAGGCAUCAGCUGCCCCAGCCCAGCAGCUCAGGACCCAAACACACAGUCUGUGAGAGGCCCUCGGAGGACUGGCUGGCCCCACUUCCAAGAGAUCUUCAUGUUGUCAGCCCUGAGCCAGGAGGAUGUGAAAGUACUAAAGCAAUACCUCCUGGCCCAGGCCCGGCCAGGGCCCUGGGAGUUCCACAGUGAAGUCCUCACUAGCCAGACACCUGAGGAGAUCUGCUCCAACAUCAUCCGAGAGAAGCUUCUAGAGCACCUGCCCCUGGAGAUGCCCUACAAUGUGCAGCAGAAAACCAUUGUGUGGGAGGAAGGGCCAAAUGGGCAGCUGGUGAUCGUACAGAAGCUUCUGGUGCACAAAGAAUCACAUGUGAGGAUCCUGAUUGGUCCAAAGGGGAGCCUGAUUUCCAGGAUUGCAGAUGAGGUGGGCCGCGACCUCAUGAACAUCUUCCUCUGUGAUGUUCAGCUCCGCCUCUCUGUGAAGCUCUCCGAUGGACCACCCUCUGCUCUCGCAGCCCAUGCUUCUGGCAGGAGCUACUGA